CUUGAAAACAAACCUCUUCAUCUUUCUGUUUUUUCAUUUUCCUUUCCUUUCCUUUCCUUUCCUUUCAUUUCAGUACCCCUGUUUUCCUCUGUUUUUCUGUCUGAUGAUGGAAGGAUUCGUGACAAUGAAGAGGGCAGAAAUCGAUACCACGGCGCCAUUCAGGUCUGUUAAAGAAGCUGUUUCGUUGUUCGGUGAGAAAGUUUUAGCUACUGAAGUCUACGCCAACAAGCUCAAGGACGUUCAGAUGAAUGAUGACCAAAGUGAAAACGAAAAUGGAGCUUCGAAGACGAGGACUGUUGCAGCCGAACUCGAGGAAACAAAACAGGACCUCCAAAGAGCCAGAGAAGAGAGUAAGAUAAUGGCUAACUAUCUCUCUUCUCUAAAAGAAGAACUCAAACGAACAAAACAAGAGCUGCAACAGCUGAAGCAAAGAGAUACUGAGAAGCAACUGUUUGAUGAGUUUGAGAUGAAUGAAGACAUCAAGAGUGUCCAGGAUUCGACAAAAUUCGAAGUCAAGAAGACACGAACACCUGAUCAGUGCGAAGAAGGAACAGAGUUUCAGAGAAAGAGAUAUGUUACAUUUGCAAAUCCACCUUCCUUGGCUCAGGUUAUUGUUCCUCAGGGUGUCGCGAGACUCGAGAGACACCCUUCUUUGAGAAAGAAGAAGCCAUUGAUCCCAUUAAUUAGUGGGAUCUUUUCCAAGAAAAAGUAAGUCGGGAAAUUGCAUAAUUAUGAUUACCCAGAAGAAUGAAAGAAAUUUCACUAUAUUUUUGUACUUCAUUUUCUUUGAAGUUUCAUCUUCUUCUUUUUUAAUGUUUAUGUUUCUUUCAGUUUCUUUGUGUACUACCAGCAUAUGGGCAGACUAUGUAUGUUUAAGUAAGAUGUAAUGCAAUGAUCUCAUUUUAUAAAUUAAAAAAAAAAAA